UUGAGUGACAAAUGACGAGGACAACCUAUAAAAACAACUAAGUGCAAAUCCACCCAAAUCCAUCUCCCUCUCGAUGCGUGUGCUUUUCCAACUAACUUUGGGAAUUCGUGUAGACCAGCGUCUCUUUCUGCGCCACCUCGCCUCCACUUUGGUUUCCCGCGCUCUGCCUGCCUUCUUCGGUGCCUCCCCUUCCUCCUGCCUAAGGAUGGAAGAUUCUUUCAGCCCCUCAACUCUGCCACCUGCGCCCAAUCUCUCCGUACCCAUCUUGCCGAACUGGGGUUUCAACCUGACUUCUGGGAAGGGAGCCAGCGUCCCGGGUCCGCAGUCGCCGCCACCCGGACCACGCAUCCCCCGGGUCAGCCUGGUCUUACUGGGGGUCUUCUUGGUGGCGGCAGUGGCCGGCAACGCCACGGUGUUAUGUCGCUUGUGCGGCGGCGGGCCGUGGGCAGGUCCCAAGCGUCGCAAGAUGGACUUUCUGCUGAUGCAGCUGGCCGUGGCGGACCUGUACGCGUGCGGGGGUACUGCACUGUCCCAGCUGGGCUGGGAGAUGCUGAAAGGGCCGCGUCCGGCUGCGGGCGACCUGGCGUGCCGUUUCAUGCAGCUGCUACAGGCGUCUGGCCGGGGUGCCUCUGCCCAUUUCGUGGCACUCAUCGCUCUCGAGCGCCAGCGCGCUGUGCGACGUCCCCAGGGCCCGCCGCUGCCCGCACGCUCCCUCGCCGCCUUGGGCUGGCUGCUGGCGCUACUCCUGGCACUGCCCCCGACUUUCGUGGUGCGCGGGGGCAUUCCGCAGCCGCCGCCUUCCGCCGCGUCCCCGGCCGCCCGCUCUUGGCCUGGGGAGCGUCGCUGCCGCGGCAUCUUCGCCCUCCUCCCGCGCUGGCAUCUGCAGAUCUACGCGCUCUACGAGGCUGUCGCGGGCUUCGGGGCGCCAGUCGCGGUCAUGGGCGUCGCUUGCAGCCACCUGCUCAGCGUCUGGUGGCAGCGCCGGCCCCAGGCCCAAGCCAUUGCGGCUCCCUGGUCGGCUAGUCCGGCCGGAGGCCCCGAACCCAGUGCGCUGCCCCGUGCCAAGGUUCAGAGCCUGAAGAUGAGCCURGUACUGGCGCUGCUAUUUGUGGGCUGUGAGCUGCCCUACUUCGCCGCCCGGUUGGCGGCCGCGUGGUCGUCCAGGCCUGCGGGAGACUGGGAGGGAGGCCAGGCGGCCGUUUUGCGCGCCGUGGGAGUGGCCAGUAGUGCUCUCAACCCUUUCGUCUACCUCUUCUUCCAGGCGGGCGAUGGCUGGCUUUGGCGGCGGCUACGGAGGCGCCUGGGCGCUGUGUGCUGCGCGCGGGAGGGAGUCUCGGAAGACAACGAGUGGGCCGGGGACCACCAGGCGCUCCACCGCCACCGGUGGCCCCACCCGCACUACCACCACGCUCGGCGGGAACAGCGGGACCAGGGCUGCAWGCGCCCACCCCCGCCGCGCCCCAGACCGCUGCCCUGCUCCUGCGAAAGCGCCUUCUAG